CACAUUCCUUCUUCCUCAAUCCUCACUACUCCCUUCCCCACAAAGUUCCCAUCACUAUAACCAAAACUUUUCUGUUUAACGGUUACUUCUAACCUCAAAUCCCAGCUAUAAACACAAUCUCAUCUCCAAUCUCAUACCUCAAAUCCCCCAAAACCCAGAAAAACCAAACACAAAACACAAAACCAAAAUCUUUUUAAGUGUUUUUGCUUCUCAAAAAAACCAAAAAACAUGAAGAAAGCAAAACAAUUUCAGUUUCAAGUUCAACCACUUAUCAACAACAACAACAACAACAACAACAACAAUAACGGCUUGAGCUUCAGCUACUUCGAUCUUUUGUCUGAAGAAAUCGUGUUCACAAUCCUCGACUUGUUAACACAAAACCCAUUAGACAAAAAAUCGUUUUCUCUCGUGUGCAAGAACUUCUACUUCCUCGAAUCCAAACACCGUCGAAUUCUCAAGCCACUUCGCUCCGAGUACCUCCCAAAGGUUCUAACACGUUACCCCCACGUGACCCAUAUGGACCUCACGCUUUGUCCACGUGUCACCGACGCUACCCUCACGAACAUAGCGAGUGCGUGUAACUCUAACCUGGUUUCCAUUGAUUUAUCGAUGUCCAAGUUCUUCACGGGUGUUGGGUUGUUGAAUUUGGCGGUGAAGUGUGAGAACUUGGUGGAGUUGGACUUAAGUAAUGCGACGGAGUUGAAGGAUAGUGCGGCGGCGAUGGUGGCGGAGGCGAGGAAUUUGGAGAGGUUGUGGAUGAGAAGGUGUAAGAUGGUGACGGAUAUGGGAGUUGGGUGUAUUGCUGUUGGGUGUAGGAAGCUGAAGCUGUUGAGUUUGAAAUGGUGUGUGGGUGUUGGUGAUUUGGGUGUGGGUUUGAUUGCUGUUAAGUGUAAAGAUAUUCGUAGUUUGGAUCUUUCUUACUUGCCGAUCAGUGACAAAUGUUUACCAUCCAUCUUGAAUUUGCAAUAUCUUGAAGAUCUGGCUUUAGUGGGAUGCUUUAGUAUAGAUGAUAACAGCCUUGCAGUCCUCAAAAAUGGGUGCAAGUCGCUAAAGAAACUUGAUAUGUCAAGUUGCGAGAAGAUUACUCACAUUGGCUUGUCUUCCGUAUUCAGUUGUACCAUAUGUCUAGAACAAGUUACAUUAGCAAAUGGUUGUUCUGUUAAUCUUGACCUUGCUGAUAGUUUGAACAAGCUUUCCAAGUUGCAAUCAAUCAAAUUAGAUGGCUGCCCAGUUACCUGUGCUGGACUAGGGGCCAUUGGAGAUUGGUGUGUAUCACUGAAAGAGCUGAGCUUAAGUAAAUGUUCAGGGGUGACAGACGAAGGUUUGACUUACCUUUUUACAAAACAGAAAGAUUUGAGGAUACUAGACAUCACAUGCUGUCGCAAGAUAACUGAUGUUUCUAUUUCCCACAUCACAAGUUCAUGCACUGAUCUCAGUUCUCUCAAAAUGGAAUCAUGUACCCUGGUUCCUAGAGAAGCAUUUAUCUUAAUUGGACAACGGUGCCAUUCUCUUGAGGAGCUUGACUUAACAGAUAAUGAAAUUGAUGAUGAAGGUUUAAAAUCCAUCUCUAAAUGUAGCAAACUCUCUAGCUUAAAACUAGGGCUUUGCCUAAACAUAACUGAUGAGGGACUUGCCCACAUUGGCAUGAGCUGCGUAGGGCUUAAAGAGCUGGAUCUAUACAGGUGCACAGGAAUAACAGAUUCAGGGAUUUUAGCAAUUGCCGGUGGUUGCCUCGGCCUUGAGAUGAUCAACAUAGCCUACUGUAAAGAAAUUACUGAUAAUUCCUUAUUGUUGUUCUCAAAAUGCGCACAAUUAAACACAAUUGAAUGUCGAGGAUGUCCUCAUAUCACAUCUUUAGGUCUAGCAGCAAUUGCUGCAGGAUGCAAGCAACUCACCAAGUUAGACAUAAAGAAAUGUUACAAAAUUGAUGAUGCUGGGAUGAUUCCACUAGCUUACUUUUCUCAAAACCUCAAGCAGAUAAACUUGUCAUAUAGCUCGGUCACAGAUGUGGGGCUCUUGUCCCUUGCCAGCAUAAGCUGCCUCCAGACUUUGACUAUCUUGCACUUGAAAGGUCUGACUCCUAGUGGACUAGCAGCUACCUUAUUGGCAUGCAGAGGACUAACAAAAGUGAAGCUCCAUGCAUCCUUUAAAUCCUUGUUACCCCAAGCAAUUUUCGAACAUUUGGAAGCGCGUGGUUGUUUGUUCCAGUGGAGAGAGAAAGUGUUUGAGGCUGAAUUAGAUCCCAAGUGUUGGAAACAACAGUUGGAAGAUAUGAUGCAAUAGGAUCUUCUGAAGCUCCUUUUUGUUCAGGGUGUCAAGCUCUCAAGCUGGUAACUGUAAAUACUAUGCAGAAGUUGACGUCUAUAGCAUAUUGGAAUUCGAAGGUCUUCUCCCGUAUGCUUGUUUAUUAUUUGGAGAUACAUGUAGUCGACCUUAAUUAACUUAUUGAGUAUUCAAAGCUAAUCCCAAAAAUUCUGGGACUAAGGCUUGGUUAUUGUUGUUGUAUUUGGCGAAGUAUUUAGCCUUUGGCAGCUCUUUCAAGUAAGGGCUGUCUUUUUUGGUGUGCAUCAUGGAAGUUUCAUGAAAGUCAUCAAAAAGUUUAGAGAAUAGGUCUUUGCGAACUUGUUUUAACUACUCACUUUAAUUGAUUUCAAUUAUCAUGUGCUUGCGUAUCUACCUUACUAUAAUAAAUGGAGUUGGCUCUUUGUAA